AUGACAAAUACAAAUCAGGAGUUUCUAAAGGCUUAGCUAUAGCUGCACCAACUUUAAAUGUAGAAUAGCAUUGCAUAAGCUGAAGUCAACAAUGGUAGUGGAAUGAAAUAACAGUAAAUAUAAUAGCAAAUUCAGAUGAAUGCCAAUAGCUAUAGCAACAAUAAUAAUUAAAUGAAUGAUAGUUAUGAUAAGGGCUCUAAUUCAAAUGCUUAUGACAAUCCAAUGAUGAACAACUCAAUGAAAAAAAGAUUCUCAGCUGGGAGGGAAAGGAAUAAUGGUGCUCUUUCCUCUGAUAGGACUAACAUGUCCAUUAUUUAGCAGUAAAAUCCAUAACUCGCUAAAAUAGGAAAUUAAUAUGAUGUAAGUCAAAAUAAACCACCAAGAAUGCCAAGUAAGGGGCCAAUGGGAGGCAAAUUAAUGGCUCCAAUCGAUCACGAAAAGCAAAGAUAAAAAUUACAAGAAAUAAUGGGUAAUAUGAUGUCUAGUGAUGAUGAGGAAAGUAAGCUAUAUGAGAGUCUUAAUCCAACUAAGAAGUCAUUAGAUCCUCUUUAAAAUUAAGGUCAGCGAAAAAGAAGUGUCAAUGAUAAGCAGAAAAAAUACUCUUAGAAUACCAAUAAACUUGAUGCAAUUUAAAGAUAGGAUUCAGCAAAAGGUGUGAGGAUAAGAACUAAUAAUAAACCAAACAUGCCAAAUAAGGACGUAUUAGCUGCCAUUAGUGAUAAGCAAUUCAGUAUAAAGAAUAAUAAAAAAGCAAAUAUAAGAAAAGAAUUGAACAGCUCUUAGUCUGAUCGUGAUAAAUAAAGAAGAGAAAAUUCUCAGAAUAAAAAUGAUGAAAAUACACUCCUUGAAAAUGUUGAUGAUACUAUCAAGUAUUAAAGUUAAGGCAAGAAAGGAAAGAAGUAUGGAAGUAAAAUUUAGAAUGGGAAGAUUUCUUAGUCAACUAUUGAGGGCUCCUCUUCAAACAUGAGCUAAUCAUAGUAUAAGUCUAGCACUUAAUAUACAUCAAGUGAGAUAAUUAAUGACUCAUAAUCUGAAAAGCUAUUAUAGGACUCAAAACAAGAUGGAAAAUUGAAUUAGAAUGAAACAAUGAAUGAUAGUGCUGAUGCUUUAGCUUUGAACUUCGAAUAAAAGAAAGUAGAGAUUGAAAAGUAUUUGGAGGUCAGAGAUAGGUUUUACCUAAUGAGUUAUGGAUUAUAGUUGAAGGAAUCAUUAAGAAAGCGAGCUUACUUCUUAGAGGCAGUAGAUGAAAUUAAAAGAAGACUAAGAAAAGUACUCUACAUGUGGUAAGAUAAAAAAGCUGAGGAGAAUUUUAAAGCCUUAACUUCUUUGAUCGAAAAUUAUGAUAAAGAUGCAAUACUUACACCAAGUUAUACAACUCCCAAACCUAAAAACUCAAUUGGUGGGAAAUUGAGCAAAAAAAGGAAUAUUAGAGUAAAAAAGACCCCAGUCCUACAAACUGUUGAGGAAAAGGAAGAGGAACUUGAGGAAACUACCCUUAAAGACCUAGAUGAAAGUAGGUUAAAUAGUCAUAGAUUUAGGUUAGAUUCUGAAAAUCUAAAAAUUAAUCAUGAUUAUGGAGAAGAUUAUGAUCAAGAAAAUUAUAAUAAUUUUUAGGAGGAAGAGAAAGCUAUUAAGGUUGAAGAAGAGUAAAAGUAUAAGAAAAAUUCACCCAAGAAACAGUAGAAAUAAGAAUAAAAAUAAGAAGGUGAAGGUGAAUUUAGGAGACUGAAAUUAAAACAAGCAAUUAGACUAAGAAAUUAAAUGGAGGAGGAAGAAAUAAGUGAUGAAAUCACAGAGCAGAUGAUUGAAAAAAUUCUGAUAUAACAACUGCUUCAAAUAAAUGAAGAUAUCCAAAAAGUAGAAUCUACGAUUCACAUGUGGGUUCAUAGACGGAGAUACCUUAAUUUUAGAAAGAGAUCAAUUAAGAUUUAAGCAUUCAUUAGAAUGAAAUAGCAACAAUAGAAAUAUCGCAAACUGAUGGAGGAAAAAAUUCUCUCUGAUUUAAACAACUUGCCUCCAUAAUAAUUAAUAAAUUUUGCGCCAUAGAUAGAAUCAGGAGGAAGUCAAUUCAACUCUUCAUUUGCAUCUUCCAUAUAAAAUUCAGGCUAGCAAAAAAUCAAGUUAAGUAAACAAUCAGCUGUAUUCAUAAUUGAACGCUGCUGGAUGCGCUACAGAGAGAAAGAAGAAGGUAAAAAGAUCAGAGAAUAUCUAAGAGGAAUUCCAUAUGAAUGCAGGCGCUCUUAUGUCAAAUAUUGGGAUCUCAAAUUCAAAACAUACAGAUUAAAAACUGAAGUUGCUGUUUUUACAAGAAGAUUUUGA